AUUCCUUCUAUGUUAAUGUCUUAUUCUGUUGUGUGGUAUUUGGAAUGAGGAUGGGAAGGACUAAAUGUUAGGUGGAGGGUGGUUGAAACUUGUUAAUCAUUUCUUUCAGAAGGUUUCUUUUUGAGUAAGAGCUACAAAACUUUACUUCCUCUCUUAACCUGAGACCAAAACAAAGGAGUCCCUGCAUGCAGCUUGCAACUGUGGGCAACUAGUCGCAUUUGGAGCUGGAACACGUCUCCAUAGGAGAACCAGGAGAUGGAAAAGAGCAGGAUCCUCAUCAUUGGUGGCACAGGCCAUAUCGGCAAGCAUAUUGUUACUGCAAGCGUCCGGCUUGGCCACCCAACUGCUGUCCUCACCAGGGAUUCUGCACCAUCUGACCCAGCUAAGGCGCAACUCAUCAAGAGCUUUGUUGAUUCCGGUGCUGCUAUCAUCAAGGGAGAUGUAUUAGACCAUGGAAGCCUGGUUAAGGCUGUUAAGUCUGCCGAUAUAGUCAUCUCAGCAGUGGGCCCCCGCCAAGUCGGCGAGCAAACGAGGAUCAUUGCUGCGAUCAAGGAGGCAGGCAAUGUCAAGAGGUUUGUGCCAUCUGAGUUUGGCUCUGACGUGGACCGCCUUCACACCGUGGAUCCGGCCGCGUCACUGUAUGCUGUGAAAGCCAACCUCCGGCGGCUGAUUGAGGCGGAGGGGAUACCUCACACCUACAUCAGCUGCAAUUGCUUUGCAGAGACCUACCUUCCAAGCAUUGGUGAUGUCACGGCCAUUCGUGCUGGUCCUCCAGCCACCAAGAUCACUGUCCUAGGAGACGGCAGUGCCAAAGCUGUGUUCGUGGUGGAAAAUGACAUUGCUGCCUACACGAUGAGGGCGGUCGAGGAUCCAAGGACCCUGAACAAGAUCCUGUACAUGAGGCCUCCCGCGAACGUGUUGUCCCACAACGAGCUCAUCUCGAUGUGGGAGAAGAAGACCGGCAGGACCUUGCAGAAGGAGCACGUCCCAGAGGAGGACAUUCUGAAGUGGAUCAAAGAAGCGGCGUUCCCUCUGAACAUACUGCUGUCCCUGGGGCUCUCCACCUUCGUGAGGGGCGAGCAGGCCAACUUCGACAUCGACCUGUCGGUUGGCGUGGAGGCCACACAGCUUUACCCUGACGUCGCCUACACCACCGUUGAUGAGUACCUCAACGGCCUUAUUUAAUUUAAUUUAAUAUAGGCAGGAGACUUUGGAUGCAAGUGACAAGGUCACUGUCUCACCGGCUGAACUGUGUUUGGAAAUGAUAAGCCAGCGUCUUGCUGGCCGAACUGCUAUUUUGUUAUUGAAAGUGUGAAUAAAGUAGGGGUAUUAUUGUCUCCCUUCAGCUA